AUGACUGCCCGCCUUUCGCGCCAACGCUUACCACCACCCCCGGCGGGCCUCGCCUUUGUCGCCAUCUCCCUCUCUCAGCUCGCGAGCGGCCAUGUACUUCCCCGAGAGACCGAGACCGCCCACUUUCGUCCGCUCAAGGUCGAGCCAUGGCCUCUCGCUGCCAGCACCGCCGCGCCAGCGCACUCUCCAGCUCCUACGGCGGCCAUCGAGCUUCGCGAUGACCACACCCUCUACAACACCGUCUGUGGCUACAUAGGAGGAAACCCGGCGCUGCCUGCGACGUGUAUGGCGGGAUCGCACUGCGCCGUCGACGUCCAGCAUGGCGCUAUGGGCUGCUGCCCUAACGGAGGCGACUGCAACAGCGGUAUCUUCACCAGUUGCGUCGACAAGAACAGCGGCCCGCAGACCGCCGACGACCCUUAUGUCUACACCUGCGCCGGCAAGAAUGUCUGUUACAAAAACACGUUUGAUGGCGGCUACUUCCAAUACGGUUGCGGCAGUGCGUCGAAUUUGGCCACCAGCGUCGCCACCAGCGCGUCGGGACACAGUGCCCUGCACCUUAGCCACUUGACGGUCUCUCUGACUGCCACGGCCACGGCCCGCACCACUCCUACAACCAUCGGAUCCUCCACCACCUCGGACACUAAGUCUGACUCCGAGCCUGGUAGCACCCAGGCAUCGCCAUCGACGUCAGCUACUAGCGACGCCGUCGCGCCCAAGAAGGAGUCGAGCACGCCCAACACGGGUGCAAUCGUCGGAGGCACUGUCGGAGGCGUCGCCUUCCUCGUCGCUUUGGUCGCGCUCGGCAUCUUGUUGUGGCGGAGGAGACGAGGCAACACACGCCGGGGGCCAGGGCCGACGCAGGAUACUAAGUAUAUCAGCCCAAUGGCUGAUGUCCAUCGAGACUUUGAGGCGUUGCCGUCAUCUCACGAAGCCUCGGAACGAGACCUUCCGUUGCAGGUUCCACCAGCCCACAGGAAUGGAGACGGCGUCAGCCCCGACAGCUCGGACGGCGACGUCGGCAUGGCAUAUCACCACCACAAUUACCUGCAAGACGGGGUACCGCCUGAAGGGAUCACGGUGGGUCGCGGCGCCGACUAUGCGUUGGACUACGAUCAAGUUCCCUUGACGAGAGAAAUCGACGACUUUUCCCACGGGUUCAACUCGGCACUCGAAAACAUUCAAGAAGAUGACAGCCCGACGCAGCCCAACAUGGACUAUAUGUCGGCUUAUCCCGGACCGCGGCGGGAUAGGAGCGGAGGAGGGAUAUUGUGGCAACAGAACCGCCGCCAGGCUCGCAACCCCAUGUGGAUGUGA